AUGACCCCACCUAGAAGAUAUCCCAAUACCGAGGAUCGUCUCCUGCCUGUCCCAAACCGUACCGAGCCAUUCUGGCUGUCGUCCCCCGACCCUGUCCUCCAACAUGCCCGCACCACGCCAGACAUCCCUUCUGCCGCCGACAUCAUCAUCAUUGGCAGCGGCCUCACUGGCUGUAUGACGGCCUAUAGAGUGUACAAGGAGGCUGAGAGGGAAGGGAGAGAGGUGAGGGUUGUGAUGCUCGAGGCAGAUCAGUUUUGUGGAAGUGCGACGGCGAGAAAUGGCGGGCACUGCAAGCCCAGGAAUAUCUUUGGGUACCGCGCCGAAGCAGCAAAGUAUGGCCCCGAAAUCGCCAACCAGCUCCUCACAUUCGAAGCUGCCGCCCUCUCCUCUUACGCCUCUCUGGUGCAAGCCGAGAACAUCGACUGCGACCUGCACGUCACCCGGGCUGUUGAUCUUUGUUUCGAUCCCACUGAUGCGGAAGAAGGGAAGAAGGACUAUGCUGCGCGCAAAGCAGCGUGGGGAGAAAUUAUGGAGAAGCAUGGGGUGAUGGCGGUGGAUGAUCCCAAAGAACUCGAGAAGCUCACAAGUGUGAGGGGUGGGCAUUGGGGGGCGCAUUAUCCAGCAGGUCACCUGUGGCCUUACAAGCUUGCAUCUUCGCUCGCCCACAUCACCCUCAAGAAAGGCCUCAACAUCCAGACCCUUACUCCCGCUCUAUCCAUCUCUCCCUCUUCGUCCUCUCCAGGCGAAUGGACAGUUCAUACUUCGCGCGGCACCAUCUCAUCUCCCACGCUUAUUGUCGCCACAAACGCCUACACCUCCUCCCUUCUCCCUUCCUUUAAGCCCCUCAUCAUCCCCGUCCGCGGUACCGUCUGCUCGAUAUCCCCUGGCCCCUGUCAUUCUCUUGGAAAUCUUCCAGGACCUUUCAAGUAUACAUAUGGUUUCCGACAUGGGCCAGGGAAGGUGGACUAUAUGAUUCCUCGCCAAGGUCGGGGUAUUCCCGGUCAAGGCGAUAGGAGCAUCAUCCUCGGUGGGGCGAAGGGCUGUUUCUUGGAUGAUAUCGACAAGUGGUAUAACAACAAGAAUGACGAUCAAAAUAUGCCUGGGGCCCAAGAGUACUUCGAAGAUUUUGCGCCAAAACACUUUGUUGAUUGGGACGGUGGGAAGGAGAAUGUAGAUAAAGUCUGGUCUGGGGUGUUGGGCUAUUCGAGCGAUCUUCUUCCUUACGUCGGACAGGUGCCAGACAUGCCAGGUGUCUUCAUCUGCGCCGGCUUCACAGGACACGGUAUGCCCCGCAUCCCAGGCUGCACCUCCGCCAUCGCUUCCCUCACCUUCUCAUAUCUCAACAACAGCAACACCCUCACCCCGGAGGCAGAAGGGGAGUUCGAGACCAAGUUGCCGAAGCCGUAUUGGAUGACGAGGGAGAGAUUUGAGAGUAGGGAGAAUCUCAUUUUGGGGGCUAUGGGACAGGGAGGUGGAAAGAAAAAUAAAGGAAAAGUAGAUGAUGUGGAGGGGCUUGCGGCUGGGGUAGCGGUUUUGUAA